AUGUUUCGAGCCUGUCGAUGGGUGAGUUCAAUUUUCCAAAAAAAGAAGAAGCUCCGCCUCCAAAGCCACGCCCAUUUUUUGUUGUUGAUAAAACAAAACAAAAUAACUAUGUUCGUGGUUGUUUUUAUGAUUUGAUAAUAUUUAUUUAAAAAAAUUGAAUUUCUUCCAGAUGUCCACGAAAAAAAUUCUAAUAACUGGCGGAACUGAUGGAAUUGGUCGAGAAGCUGCUGAACAAUUGGCAAAACUUGGACAUGCCGUGACUAUUUCGGGAAGAAAUUCGAUGAAGGCCAAGGAGAUUAUGGAGAGUGUUGAAAACACUAUAAAAUAUAUUCAUUCGGAUUUGUCGGACUUGCAGAAAACUCGCGAAUUCGCUGAUAUUGUUGCCGGUGAGAAAUUGUGAGUUUUUUAUGGCAUUUUUCAUGCAAAAUACGAAAAAAUAAAAAAACAACAACGAGGCUCCGCGUUGACGUUGCAUAUACGCAGACACACAAAUAUAAGCAGUCCCAAAAGUUAAGCAGUCCCAAAAAGUUAAGCAGACACAAAAAUAAGCAGUCCCAAAAAGUUAAGCAGUCCCAAAAAAUAAGCAGUCCCAAAAAAUAAGCAGUCCCAAAAAUCAACUAGUUUUUAAAUGGGCGUUCAUAUUUCGCCGAAUACUUAUCGAAAUUUCAUGAAUUUUUGCAUCGAACUAGACUAUAGUUAAACUAAACUAGACUAUAGUUUAACCAAACUAGACUAUAGUUUAACUAAAUUAAAUUUAAGUUCUUUGGAAGUGGUUUUUUUCGUUUUAUGUUGGAUUUUUAGGGUAAAACUCAAAAAAAACGCAAUUUUCAUCAAUUUUCUGCUGAAAAUAUUGAAUCUCUGUGUUUAUACUUCCUCAAUUUAUUUUUUUAUCUCCAGAAAAUCGUUUUCUCCAUGAAAAAUGACAUUUUUCCCAAAAAAAUGCAAAAAAAUAAAAAGAAAACAACGAGACUCCGCGUUGACGGUAACGCGCGUUCUCUUUUUUUUCAUUUUUUUUUUGAAAAAUUCAAGUUUUCAGCGACAUCUACAUAAUGAAUGCUGGAAUAAUGCAUCCGGAAAAAAGCGAGACAAAAGAUGGAAUCGAUAUGACAAUUAUGACAAAUCUCAUCGCUCCAUACAUCAUUUUUCAAGAAGUUUUGAAAAAACACCAAGAUCGACCAAUUCAUUUUGUGUUUGUCACCUCAAUUCUUCUCAAAUUCUUCUCCGCAACUCCGAUUGGAACACUGAUGUUUGACCCGAAAAACGUGGAAUCGUGGAGAGUUGCGAUGCAACCAGAAGACGCAAGUGGAGCGAUGAAAUACGCGAUUUCAAAGAUUGGACAAGCCGCAAUGGCGUUGUGGGUGAAUGAAUUGAAUUUGGAGGGAGUUAGCGCAACUUCUGUGCAUCCAGGAACUGUUGUGACAAAUAUUAUGAAUGGAUUGCCAGCCAGACAUCAAAUGUAUAUCAAAAUGUGUAGACCGUUUAUCACCAAAAAGGUUGGCGUGCGGUCGCGUUGCGGUCGAGCAAAAAUCAAUAUUUUUUGCCCAUUUUUCCCUGGAAAAUGUUGUUUUGGUCAUUUUUUUGGCUAAAUUGAUUGAAAUUAUUCAUUUUCAAUGUUUUUUCAGCAAAAAAUUGUGAAAAUACUCACAUUUUUGACAAAUUUCAGUCUGAAAAACCGAAAAUUAGAGUGUUUUCAUCAUUUUUGCUGAAAUUUCAAUUAAUUUAGCCAAAAAAUGACCGAAACAACAUUUUCCAGCGGAAAAAAUGAGAAAAUAUUGAUUUUUGUUCAAAAAUUGAUGAAUGUCUGUGUGUGCGUGCGGUCGCGUUGCGGUCGAGCAAAAAUCAAUAUUUUGCUCUGGAAAAUGUUGUUUCGGUCAUUUUUUGGCUAAAUUAAUUGAAAUUAUUCAUUUUCAAUGUUUUUUCAGCAAAAAUUGUGAAAAUACUCAGAUUUUUGACAAAUUUCAGUCUGAAAAACCGAAAAUUAGAGUAUUUUCAUCAUUUUUUGCUGAAAUUUCAACUAAUUUAGCCCGAAAAAUGAUGGUUUUUGUGAAAAACAACAUUUUCCAGCGAAAAAAUGAGAAAAAUAUUGAUUUUUGUUCAAAAAUUGAUAAAUGCCUGUGUGCGCGUGCGGUCGCGUUGCGGUCGAGCAGCAAAAAUCAAUAUUUUUCUCUGGAAAAUGUUGUUUUUCACACAUUUCAGUCUGAAAACCCGAAAAUGUGAGUUUUUUCAUCAUUUUUGCUGAAAUUUCAAUAAAUUUAGCAAAAAAUGAGAAAAUAUUGAUUUUUGUUUGACCGCGACGCGACCGCACGCGCGCAAUUUUUCAUUUUUAGGGAAAAAAUGAAAAUAAUCAUUGAUGUGUUAGAAAAGGUCACGUUUUCCUGUUCCAGAACCGAUUUUGAUAAGGAAAAAAGUUAUCAAAAUGUAGUUUGGCCGCUUUGAAGGAAAAAUGCUGGCUUCGCUAAAAAUUUCAAGGAAUUCCCGAAGAAUCACAUUUUUUUGCAAGAAAAUUGAUAGUUUAAACGAUGCUCCGCGAUUACACCAUCAAAAAUUCAAAAUUUCCAGGAAUCUGCUGGCUCAAACAUCGUGCAAGCCGCUCUCUGCCCUCUCCCCCCAAACAUGUACUAUCUCGCCGAUAAAAAAUGCGAACUUCCAAAAUUUGUGAAUUCGGCGGAAACUUUGACAGCGUUUGCCGAGAAUUUUCAAAAGUUUGAUUGCUAA